CACCGGUUGAUCCGCGAUGGCUUCGGAUCUCGUUGGUGAACUCUGUCGCUAUUUUCCUACAGUACAGUCUACAAAGCUGAAGCACGUCAUCCGGUGGACAUGAUAAGAUAUGAAUAAGUGUGUAAACUUUACGAGGGAGAGCUCUGGGUCACUACACAAUGCGAGGUGCUGAGGCAGACCAUGAGGCAGACCAGGUUGCAGCAGAAGCUGACUCUGAGAAUGUAAUUCAGACUCCAUUCAUACUGGAGGAAUGUGAGAGAGAAGUCCAACCUCUGAGGGUGGUGCUGAGCCAAAAACUGAAAAAGCAAUGUGUCUGCAGCACAGAUCGAGCAAAAAACCUGCUCUUAGACUCUAUACCCAUCUUAAAAUGGCUGCCAAAAUAUCAGAUCAAAGACUGGCUCCUGGGUGACUUGAUGUCAGGUCUGAUUGUAGGCAUCCUGCUGGUUCCCCAGUCCAUCGCCUACUCGCUGCUGGCAGGGCAGGAUCCCAUCUAUGGACUCUACACAUCGUUCUUUUCCUGCAUUAUCUACACUCUUCUUGGCACAUCCAGGCACAUUUCUGUGGGUAUCUUCGGGGUGCUGUGCUUGUUAGUGGGCCAGGUGGUGGAUAGGGAGCUGGCACUGGCUGGAUAUCUCAGCGACCAGCCAGGAAACCUCACCAGCCCGGGAAACAGCACGAUUCUGCACUGUGACCGUAGCUGCUACGCCAUUGUUGUAGGCUCCACUGUGACCUUUACUGCAGGAGUAUACCAGGUAUUAAUGGGUCUCCUCCAGGUCGGCUUUGUUUCCGUCUUCCUUUCGGACUCUCUGCUAAGUGGCUUUGCCACUGGCGCCUCUCUAACCAUCCUCACCUCACAACUAAAGUACCUUCUGGGCCUGAAGCUGCCUCGUGCCCAAGGCUGGGGAUCGCUGAUCAAAACCUGGAUCAAGCUCUUUGAGAACCUUGGCCAAACCAACAUUUGUGAUCUCAUCACCAGCAUCCUAUGCCUGCUCAUUCUGGUCCCAACCAAAGAGCUGAAUGACCGUUUUAAAUCCAAACUCAAGGCACCAAUUCCCUUCGAGCUGUUUGUGGUCAUUGUUGCCACACUGGCUUCCCACUUCGGUCAUUUCCAGGAGAAGUAUGGAUCUGAGGUAGCUGGGGCCAUUCCCACAGGCUUCAUGCCUCCACAGCUCCCAGCCUGGGAUCUCAUACCCAACAUAGCAAUUGAUGCCUUCUCGAUAGCCAUUGUAGGCUUUGCCAUCACCGUGUCUCUGUCCGAAAUGUUUGCUCAGAAGCACGGCUACAAGGUGGAUGCCAAUCAGGAGAUGUACGCCAUCGGGUUCUGCAAUAUCUUUCCAUCGUUCUUUCGCUGCUUCACUACUAGUGCCGCCCUGACCAAGACUCUGGUGAAGGAGUCCACUGGCUGCCAGACUCAGCUCUCAGGCCUGGUUACUGCUCUCGUGCUACUGCUGGUGCUCCUUGUCAUUGCUCCUCUGUUCCACUCGCUACAGAAAUGUGUGCUAGCAGUUAUCAUUGUGGUGAACCUGCGUGGUGCCUUGCGGAAGUUUCAAGAUGUUCCAAAAAUGUGGCGCGUGAACCGCAUAGACGCUGCCAUUUGGAUGGUCACCAUGGCUACAUCAGCGCUGGUUAACACUGAGCUCGGCCUGCUGGUAGGCGUCCUAGUGUCUGCAUUCUGUGUGCUAGGCCGCACCCAAUGUGCCCGGAUGCUCGAGCUGGGCCAGGCAGGGAAUCGUGACCUCUUCAAGGACAUGGAAUCAUACAAAAACCUCAACAAGCAGCUCGGGGUGGCUGUGUUCCGUUACGAAGCUCCGAUUUACUAUGCCAACCAGACUCUGUUUAAGAAGUCUCUGUAUCGCAGCGUAGGUCUGGACCCACAGAAAGAGAAAGCCAGGCGCAAGAAGCUGGCAAAACGCAUGAAGAGGGAGGAAGACUCUGAAGUGCCUACAGAUAUUUUCCUCCCUUCUUUUCACACAGUGAUCCUAGACUGCAGCGCUGUGUUAUUUCUGGACACAGAAGGAGUUAAUGCUCUGAAGGAGGUGUGUAAGGAUUACAAGGAACUUUCCGUGCACUUGUUAUUAGCCCAAUGCAGCAAGUCAGUGAUCGAUUCCCUGCACAGAGGUGGUUAUUAUGACCUCAAGAGCUCACCAAUCAUUUUUCACACACUCGGCGAUGCUGUCCGUUACGCCCAAAGCUGUCAGUUACAGAACGGUGACUGUGAGACUGGUUGCUGAUGAAAUGCUACACGUUUACUACACUGUCCCGCCAACCCUAUGUGCCUUACUGGAAUAAUUUAAACAGAUUAUUUUUGUAUCAUCUUUGGCUAUUUCAAGUCCUAACCUACAUUAAAUGAUAGAAGGGAUUUAUCUUGAUGUGCAUUUUGUAUUCAGUGCUUGUUUGUUAUAUUUAAAAAAUUCUGAAUAUUUUCAGAAGCAUUAUUAACACAAAGAUGAAGUAUUGUAGCUGUUACGAAGUUGAUUACUGAUUUGUUUUGUAUUGUCUGGGUUUAAGAUGAAUACAAGCACAGGUGGAAUUAAGUCAUGUGUCUGUAGAGGUUUUGACUUCCAUUUUGCUCAUCAAAGAAAAUGAAGACAAGAAAAUGUCUUAAGAAGAUUUUUUUUUCUAUACAUGUAUGCAAAGCUCUUGAUUGUUUCUCAGAUUAAUCUUAUCAGAUUGUAUAAACAUGUAGAGCUGAUUCACAGAAUUUAGCCAUUUUUAAUGACUUGAACGUGAUUUCAUUUUUUGUUUAUUUUUGCAAUUUUUGUAUUUUCUUUUUCUUUUUAUUUCUACUGAAUUGAAAACAUUUCUUUUAUCAGAACAUGUUUGACAACAACCAAGCACCAGCCUAUUAUGUGUAAGACUUAAGCAGGUUGUGUGCCUUGAGCGCACACAGUAAUGAGUUAGCAACACAAACAGGCUGUAUUUUAGUGUGAUUAGCUCUUUUACGCCAAUAUGCCAAAGCAAACAAAAAAUGUGUCCUGAGCCUCUCCCUCUGUAGCAGAUAAUCCAUGAUAUCCUUGUUAAUCUGAUUAUGUUACAUUCAGGGCAAAUACUGUGCAGCUGCGAUGUACAAUCAGGAUGUUCUAAACGACUGGAGUUGUAGCUUUAUCCAUUCCAUAUAUUUAUACUACAGCUAUAUAUAUUAUUUAUCCAUUACCCUAGAUUUCUAGAAGGAUCUUCUGUUCGUUAUUACUUUGUUUAAUUCUCAUGUAAACAAUAUAGAAAGUAUUGUUAAAGGUUUAUGACCAACGUGAGUGUUCACACAAUAUACAAUGUUGUUUUAACAUGCUUUUAAUUGUUAUGACCUUUAUUUUACGCAAAAUAAACUUGAUUAAAGGACA